AUUUGGAACAACGUUUUGGUUAGCUCAACAGAAAAGCGCAGGCUCUCCCAGUAAAAGUCUUUCAUUUAAUUCGCACUGGUGUGAUUUUAUUCUUCAGAUACCAGACAGAUUCAGUCCUUUGGUAGGAGAUGGAGACUGAGCCGGAGUUUGUCUCUUGUAAGCAAAUGAGAAGUAAAGAAGACGAAAAAGAGGAAAAGGAGAAGGAUAUCACAAAGCAGACAACGCUGGAACAAACUCCUAUUAACUUUAACAUUUUAAAACCUCAGGAGCUUUGCGUCCCUGAAUCCUACAGGACGAACUCUCCCCGUGAGACCCAGCUGUUGGCCAUGGCAGACAACUUCCAGCGUCAGUAUUUGUUCCUGCAUCCUGACCGCAAACCGCUGCUGCUCUGCCCCCUCAAUGAAUGUGGAGUCAGGAAGUUUGUAUCUACAAGUCUUUGUCCCACGACAACAAGUCACUGUGAAUUUCAAACCUGGCAAGGCUGCGCCUCGUUUGUGGCUGACUUCCUGUCCCUGGACCCUUUGGAGCCGCCUGCGGACCUGCCCAAGCAACUGUUCUCCUCAACCUCCGUGCUGCAGAGUCAGCAAGCAACCUGUUUUGAGUUUGCCACCCUGCUGUGCAGCCUGCUCCUCGGGGUCAACUACGAUGCGUACUGCGUCAGCGGCUACGCUGUCAGAGAGAUGUGUCUGCUGGACCAGAGCCUGCAGCAGUGCCCUCUGCUGGAGGUUAAGAGUGAGCUUCCUGAACAGGAGCAGCAGGAGAAUGGAAACUCGAUGAAGCCUCUGAGGGAGAUAAAGAGUCGAUUUUUGACCCAGCAGGAGAAGAAGAAGCAGGAGGCCGAAGCUGAACAGAAACUAAAGGAAUGUGAGCAGCAGCCUGCCGACUUCCUGCGAGGGCUGCGGGUCCACUGCUGGGUGCUGGUGCUGUCGGGAAGCCACAGCAUCCAGGAGAACUUCUUUAUCGACCCGCUGACCGGAAACAGCUACCCCACAGACAACGAGAACUUCCUGGGCAUUGAGAGCGUCUGGAACAACUUUAACUAUUAUGUUAACAUGCAGGACUGCAGGAACAGCUGCACUAGUAUGGUCUUUGACCUGGAAGAUUUAAAGAUGUGGACGCCAGUGUUGUACGGUGCAACCAACAGAAAACAGCUGGUUCAUGAUGUCCUAGAGAAAAAAGAGAGCAAGAAGCAGAGCCAAAUCAGCAGUGAGGAGCAGCCCAGAGUUUUUGAGAUGCCGAGAUCCUGGCUCAGUUACAUCACCAUCUCAAAAAAAGACCUGGAGAAAAGGUGGCCGGGAGGAAAGAAGGUGAUCCGCUACAGAAAAGCGAAGCUGGAGAAGUUUGCACCGGGUCUGAACCCGGACGGCCUCAUUACAAGACUGACCACAUACAAAGAUCUGGACUGUACUGAGGUUGCCGUGGUGAAGGAGUGGUACAAAUACAGAUGCGACAAGCUGGAGGAGAAAGAGAUCAACAAACUCGACAACUCCACCGCAGAACGCUUCGGGUACGGAAGAAGUUUUCAGCUUUUAUUUCACAGGUGCAGAUCUCUGACCUCAGGCAUCGAGCAGGAGAUGGAGUUCAGUAGCAGCGCUAACAGUCUGGUGAGGAGGCUGCUGUCUCCCACAGAAAUGAAGGAACACUUCGAGGGGCGGGGAGACUUCCUCCGUUACCGUCACGUCCUCUUCAGCCAGCAUCGUCAGCCUCAUGAUAAGAGUCAUCUAACUCCUGAGCUAAAGCAUCUACAUGUACUGAAAGUGGUGGAGCGUUUCAGCAGGAAUAAAUCCAAACCUGCCAAUGAAGACGUGGCUGAGAGGGUGUUCCUGGUGCCUCAGGGGAGGUUUGAGUUGACCUACCACCUGAUGGAUCACCGGUUUAUCCCCUCAAAGAGGAGCUUCGUGGAGCCAGCACCAGGCCACCAAUUCACACAAGAUUUGGUCACCACUUUCCAGGUGGAUCUGUGUGAGAAGCCUCUGAAGACCCUGACUCUCUUUAGGAUCCUGAAUGACCUCAUAGUUGACAAGGAAGGUGUGGCUAUCCAGAUCAAAGAGUCACUGAAAGAGGUCAGAGACAUCGUGGCCUGCAGAGAGAAGGAGGAAGGGAAGAUUGAGCUUUGGACCAAAGCAGCAGCUACACAGGCUUUGAGAGACAGAAAGAAUAGGGAGAUCUUGGCUGCAGAGAAGGAGAAGACGCUGCAAGAGGAUGAUGUCCUGGCUCCCUUCCUGAUCCAACUCGGCAACCCAGAGACUUUGAAUCCUGAUGAGGCCAAACAGGUGUACCAGAGCUGUUUGGCGGAGUUCAAAGACAGAGAGGCGGAGCAGAUCCUCCUCCUGCAGCAACGCUGUGACAAGGAGACAGAGGAGCUGCAGGCAAAGCAGAAGUGGUACCAGCAGUCCCACCAAAGUCUGAGCCAGCAGCAGGCGGAGGAUUACCAGAAAUACUGCUCUCAGAAAAUACAGAAGAUAUCUGUCAUCCAGAAACGGUUCCACAGGCAGAGGGAAAUGGCUGGUGAUAAAUACAACGAUCUCAUUCAGAAGCUGCAGAGACACCCUCGACUGGCUGCUCACCUGAGCAGCUGAACCAGAUGCCCGUCGCCUUUUACCUCUGAACUUCCUUCAUCUGCAUACAUAUAUCUCUGGAGGAUUAUUAAGAUCCCUUUUUAAUGUUUACAUGCCAUCAAACAUCAAAUCCAGAAGAAUACAUGACAAGAUUUUUUUGGAAAUGUCAUAAAUAAAAUAUGUUAUUUGUCUUUUUCUGUUGAAAACAGAAAUGAUUGUGCUGUAAUCCCUACUGUCUGUAACAGGAAGACCUCAAAAGGUCUAAAUACAAAUUCCAGUAAUUCUUACUAAAUAUAUAUUUGUAAUAUGAAUCACAGUUGAGCAGUAUCAGGCUGUGUUAGUGUGUAGUCCAACUGUGUCCCAGUGAGGAGACAAACUAUGUAGCAAUCCAAACCAUCCCAGCAGUCCAAAGAACUGGGCCAAAAUGGAGAAACUGGGAAAGAGCAAGACAAAACAUUAAAAAAAAAAAAAAAAAAAAACAUGAGGAAAAUGCCCAGAAAACUGGAGAUGGACAGAAAUUUGUUUCCAGUUUUUAUCAUUAGCAUGUGUGCACAUCAAUUGCUAAUGUUAAUAUUUGAAUAAA